UGUCUAUUCCCCCGAAAAACAUAAAACGCGCUUACUUAUUGUUGCAUAAAACUUCUACUGGUUACUGCCACCGCCAUUUUUGUUGAUAACCCAGAAACCCCAUUUUCUUACACAUUAAGGAAUACAUCAACAGACCCAAAAAAGAUUCACAGAUCAAAAAUGGGUCUGCUUUCUAACAGGAUUGAUCGGAACAGCCUUAAACCUGGGGAUCAUAUCUACUCUUGGAGGGCUGCUUAUGUUUACGCCCAUCAUGGUAUAUAUGUUGGGGACAAUAAAGUGAUCCACUUCACUAGACGUGGACAAGAAGUAGGAACAGGGACUGUUUUGGAUAUCCUGUUAGUAAGCUCAGGACCUACUCGCUCUUAUGUACCAUGCUCUACUUGUAUUCCUCCUGAAGAAGGGCAUGGGGUUGUCUCGUCAUGUCUAGAUUGCUUUCUUGCGGGUGGCAUCUUGUAUAGGUUUGAAUACAAUGUCAACCCCUCCCUUUUUGUAGCAAAACUGCGUGGUGGGACGUGCACUCUUGCAGCAUCAGAUCCUGCCGAAACUGUGGUGCACCGAGCAAAAUUUCUUCUCAACAAUGGCUUUGGCUUCUACAAUGUCUUCAAGAACAACUGUGAGGAUUUCACUAUAUACUGCAAAACAGGGCUCGUAGUGGUUGACCAAGUUACUAUGGGUCAAAGUGGGCAAGCAGUAUCAUUAAUCGGGGGUCCGAUUGCAGCUGUUCUUUCCACACCCUUGCGAUUUUUAACGACCAACCCCUAUGGGAUGGCUGUAGUUGCCGUGGGUGUAUACUGUACAAGCAGAGUUGCCGCUGAUAUUGGCAUGAGGAAGGAUGUUAUGAAGUUGGAGGUUGAAGAUUUAACUAGACGGCUAACUCUGGGUGCAUUUCAGGCGCUCAGCCCAGAGCUUCCAGGCCCUAUCAGCUAGUGUGCUUUUUGAUCUGGUGGUUAUGUUUGAAAAUGUGGGUUUCGUUUUAACUUCUAACAAUCUUCAGUUUUUAAUGUGUAUUUGGUACCCUGAUAAUUUACUCCCUUGUGAACAACUUAUUUGUCACUGUUGUGUGAGGACGUCGAGAAGUAGGUUGUGGACUGUGGUUUAAUGGAAACGACCUAAUGGUACUCUUUACUAUUGUAUGUUGUACCCGAUCCGAAAGACACUUUUGGUA